GUAUUCUUCUAGAAAUAUGUAAUUUAAACUAGUAAGCUGGGAUUGUAAUAAAAUAAAUCUUUGAUAGGUUAUGGAUUUCGAUUUCAAAAUACGUACAGCUAAUGAAAAAGCUAAUGUCAAAGAUUUAUUCGAAUAUGAAGAUUGUAAAGUUGGAAGAGGAACAUAUGGUCAUGUUUACAAGGCAAGACGAAAGGAUGGAUUUGAUCCUAAAUACUAUGGCUUGAAACAAAUAGAAGGUACAGGGAUAUCGAUGUCUGCUUGCAAAGAAAUCGCACUGCUUAGGGAAUUAAAAAAUCCAAAUGUGAUAAGCCUUCAAAGGGUUUUUUCAAAGGGUCUUUCUGAUACGGAUAGAAAAGUUUGGCUGCUUUUUGAUUAUGCCGAACAUGACUUGUGGCAUAUACUUAAAUUUCACAGGGCUGCUAAAGCCAACAAAAAGCCAGUAUUAGUGCCAAAAGGUAUGGUGAAAUCUCUUUUAUACCAGAUGGUGGAUGGUAUCUAG